GAGGCCUGUCGUCUAGUACCACGCGUUAGUUUUUUCAGAAAAAGAAAAAGAAAAAGAAAAAGAAAGUACCACGCAUAGCCUAAUCCUCUCAUAACUCUGCUCCCUGUUGCGGCUAGGGUUUCAGCCCUAGAUCUCUCUUACGAGCAUGACAGAAGUCGCAGAACAACCAUUUCGACCACGGGAGAAGCUUCUUGAGAGGCAAAAAUAUUUCCAAAACGUCCACAAACACACGUACCUCAAAGGGCCAUUUGAUAAGAUAACCUCUGUUGCCAUUCCAGUUGCUUUGGCGGCCACUUCGUUAUUUCUUAUUGGACGAGGGAUCUAUAAUAUGUCACAUGGCAUUGGAAAGAAAGAAUGAGGCAGCUCAGAUUUCAUAGUUUUUAAGGUCCUGGUUUGGAGUAAUGUAUUCUUGAAGUAUCUCGUUUGUUCCCUCUAAUAAAUGCUUACCAAUGGUAAUUGGAAAUUCAUCAUUAUUGGGUUUUUAUCUUUUCGUUUUUAUGUUUGCCUGAUUAAUUCUCAGGCUUCUACUUCCUGUUUGAAACCA